AUGAACAAUAUCCGUUGCAUCCAGGUUAACCUCCAUCAUGCUAAGGGUGCUUCCAGUAUCCUUAGUCGGAGGUUCACUAAAGAGCAAUUUGGGAUUGCUCUCGUUCAAGAACCGUGGGUGAACCACAACAAAAUCCUUGGACUGUCCUGUCAAAGCAGUAGAUUGAUCUACAGCAAUACGCAGGCAACACCAAGAACGGCGAUUCUGCUGAGCGGAAACAUCAAGUGUACUCCAAUCACGGAAUUCGUCCAACGAGACAUCGUUGCAGCAAUGGUGACCGUCCCGACCACCAAGGGAAAGCAGGAGAUGGUUGUUGCAUCUGCUUACUUUCCUGGUGACCAGGACGAUGUUCCACCGCCAGAAGUGGCCGCACUUGUGCGAUACUGUAGGGCUGUCAAUAAACCGUUCGUCAUCGGUUGUGACGCGAACGCCCACCAUACGAUAUGGGGAAGCACGGAUGUUAACGAUAGAGCAGCCGACACCAUAAUGGCUGAGUUGAUCAACUUACUUCGAGCCAGCUUCACCCUGGGCUACAUCCCUCGAAGCUGGCGUAAAGUUAAGGUGAUCUUCAUACCUAAGGCCGGCAGAAGUGACCCCACGAUGCCAAAAGCCUUCAGACCCAUAAGUCUGACAGUGACGCUGCUCAAGCUUAUGGAGAAAAUCACGGAUAAUCACAUCCGGGCGGAGUUCUUGAAGGACUUCCCUUUGCAUAAACACCAAUAUGCAUACCAAGCGGGCAAAUCGACCGAAACUGCCCUACACGCGGCGCGAUGGAACAACUGCGAGCUGGAUUCAUGCUAUGCUUACGAGCAGAGAGAUUUCAGCAUCGCUAGGAGACACAUCUAUCACAAUAACAGCAGCCAAAGGCUGUCCGCAAGGGAGUACUCUCUCCUUUGCUUUGGCUGCUGGUGGUAG